AUGCUCCAUGUCUGGACUAGUAAACCUCGGUUUGUCAAGUUGCUGAUAUCACUAGCAGUGUUUGUUUCUCUUUUCAUUGCAUAUGGCGUGAAAACAGAUGCCCUUGCGGUCAUCACAAAGCAUGAAACUGAGGACCCUGGAAAGGAGGCAGUAAUUUUUAAACCUGACUGGGCGAUUGUCGCAGCCAAAACAUUUGAUGACGACGUUGAAUGGAUUUAUGAACUUUGCAGAGAAAGUGGAUGCACACCAUAUAUCUACAAUAUGGACCUUAUCCCCGAAGAAGGUCUAGAAGUCCCCCACUUCUACCAAGGCCACGAGGCAAGCGCCUAUCUUUCUUAUAUUGCAGACCAUUAUGACCAUCUUCAUCCAUAUACUGUCUUCCUUCACGGGAGAGAGACGCAAUGGCAUAACGAUAUCGCGGGCCCUGAGACAUCUAGGGUGCUUCGAAGUCUGCGAUUUGAGGCAAUAAAAGCUUACGGCUAUGUGAAUCUACGGUGUGCAGGAGUACCGGGUUGCCCGAGUACUUUGCACCAGAAAGAUCCUAAAGAGCAUGAUCAGCAAUAUCAAUACCUUCUCGAUCAGCUCCCGGAAAUCCUCAACAAUCUUAUUGGGAUGAAAUACCAAGAUUUCCCCGAGGAUAUUGGUCACCAGUGCUGUGCACAAUUUGCCUUGUCAAGGGAACAAAUACAGACUAAUUCAAAGGAAACCUACCACAAGAUUAUGCGGUGGAUUGGAACAACUGAUGCAACCGACAAUUAUGGAAUUGGCUGGUUAGCAGAAAAGUUAUGGCAUAUUAUCUUCCAUAUGCCUGCUGUGUUGUAUGUGAACCCACAUGGUGUUUUGAUUUCCCUUACUGAUAUUUCUUUAGAUGUCCCACGGAGGCAAAAUGCCGCUGUGAUUUAUAUGGAUGGUGUGGUCCUGGUCCACUGA